AUGGACUUGGUACCAGCGCCGAGCGUGAAGACCCCGGUGAAGUCUCCUGUGGUCGAAGUGGAAGCUGUAGAGGCCGUGGACGUCGUGGAGCAGGUCGAAGCGGAGACGGUCGCGCUGGAAGAGGCGUCGUCCGAGUUUGAAACAGACAGCGAUGAUUCAGAGGACUGGGACACUCUGUCUCAUGGCGGGGAUACAAUCCAGUUUUUGCGCGAUGAACAGCUACGUGAUGGACUUGUUCCCGGUGCCUGUACCCUGGAAGAGGCCGUCGCCUUUCGGCAACGCCUUCAUGAUAUUGGCAAAGCGGCCUUUGUGGAAGAGACUAUCGCGCGGGAGACCGUGACGGCGAAGAAACUCUGUACGGCAUUUGGAAUCAUGCCACCGUCAUUCCUUGAGGGCGCGCCGGACGAGUCCUACCAUCCGCUGUUGGCUGUCGCAUUGUCUCGAGAAUUCGCUCGGCGACCAAAGCUUCCUCAAUACAACUCUGUUGAAGACGCUGUGCGGCUCUUGCAGGAGUCCAAGAAUAUCGUUGUCCUGACGGGCGCAGGUAUUUCAACGAGUCUCGGCAUUCCUGACUUCCGUUCUAAAGAUACCGGUCUCUAUUCGAAAUUGGAACAUCUUGGUUUAAGCGACCCUCAGGAGGUCUUUGACAUCCAUGUCUUCCGAGAUGACCCUAGCGUCUUUUUCUCUAUUGCCAAAGACAUCCUCCCGACGGAGAAGAAAUUCUCACCGACUCAUGGAUUCAUCAAGCUUCUGCAGGACAAAGGGAAGUUGUUGACCAACUACACCCAGAACAUUGACAAUAUUGAGGCCAACGCUGGGGUCCUACCGGAGAAGAUUGUACAGUGUCAUGGAUCUUUCGCCACUGCGACUUGUGUCAAGUGCAAGUUCAAGGUUCUUGGUGACGCGAUCUUCAGUGAUAUCAGACACGGCAAAAUCCCUGAAUGCACUGCUUGCCACGAGGCAAUCGCUCAAGAAGCACUGAAACCACAAGGGCUUAAGCGGAAACGCAGCUCCAAUGGACAUCAAAAGGACCGUAAGGAGUUUGAAGACAGUUCGGAUGAAGAUGACUAUGAUAUUCCAACUCCUGGCGUGAUGAAGCCCGACAUCACUUUCUUUGGCGAGGAUCUCCCCGACGAGUUUGGCCAACGCCUGGUUCAUCAUGACCGAGAACUAGUGGAUCUAGUUAUCGUCAUAGGGACUUCGCUCAAGGUAGCCCCUGUUGCAGAAGUGCCGGGCAUUCUACCUCGUAACGUGCCACAGAUCUAUAUCUCACGUACACCUGUGUCCCAUACAGGAUUUGAUAUUGAUCUCUUGGGCGAUUGCGACGUGGUAGUUUCAGAGCUCUGCCGCAGGGCCGGCUGGGACCUGCUGCACCACAUGAUACCCGCGGAUGAGAAGGUAGAGGUUACUCCCCUUGAGGGACACGAGUCACGACAUGUGUUUACGGUUGUUGGCGCAUAG